AUGCUUGGUCGUGGUCGAGCAGGUGGCUCGGGUCGUGGUGGAUCCUCGAAGAAGCCGACUGUAUUGCCGAAUUUGGCAGUGGCAGGAAAGCGAGAAAAUCGAGAGCAGCCAGAAACGAGUGGUAGAGGUUCAUCGAAAAACACAAAGCGAGGUCGUGGACGGGGUGGAGGAGGUCGUGGAGGACGGGGACGUGGUGGGGCGGGAAAUCAUCGAGACAGUCAUAAACACGUAUUGAUUGAACAAGUCGGUAUCUUCUCGACUGGUCUCAAUGAUGAUGGAAGGCACGAUCGAUCAAAAACGGAUGAUUUCAAU